AAGGUCAAUUUUAAAAAAUUUCAUGGAAUGGGAAAGAGGAAACAGAAGAUAACCUUGUUUAAUUUCACACUGCCGCCGGUAGUUUUCAACGGCAUUGCCGCCUUCCUCCCAACUCCCAACCGCCAAAUCACCACACCUCACCGCUCUCCGCCGCCAAAUUCUCCAUUGUCUCCCCCUUCCUUCGCCACCAUAUCCCUCUUACCCACUCACACUUUCUCACCCUCUUCCUCCACAACCCUCUUCUUCUUCUUAAUCAAUUUUUGUUAUCUUUUACAACACAUACAUAAACCCUAAAUUAAAAAAUAGUGCCUUUUUGUUGCUACUUUCAAUUUUUCAUCUUAACCAUUCAUUAUUAUUAUAUUAAUAAAUCAAUGGUCAUUAAAACCAUUACAAAAACUAGAAUUAGAUUCUUUACUUUUUGACUAAAAAUUCAAACUUGUUCAUCUCUUCAAUUUGAACCACUCAAAAAGAUUCUUCUUUUAAGCUAUUUCAUUUCACUUUCUUGUUCAGAAUUUUUUUUGGAGUGAAACCAUUAUUGCACCUUCAAAUUCUCAUGCCAUUCUCUCUUCACACACACCCUAUAUCAUGGAACCUUCUCAAAACCCACCCUAGAACAAAACAAUCAAUACCCAGUUAUCAAAAUUUGAUAUUUAGAAGAGUUCAAGUUUUUUCAUCACUUAGAACUUCUCUUGAUUGUGUCUCUUCUGAUGGAGGAGUUGAGGGAGGUUUGCAACCGAUUCAGUUACCCUUUGUGGUUAGGAGUUCAACCAAAGUCAGUAGAUUCUUCUGGAAUGGUAGCUGCUUGGAGUUGGUUACUGUUGGUGGUGGUUCUGUUGAUGAAGAUAAUGAUGAUGGGUUGUUUAGGGUGUUUGGUUGUAUUGUUAGGGAUUUCUUUAUUCCGAGAGAUGUGAGUGAGAAUUACAUGGAUUAUGUGAAGUGGAAGCUGCUUCAUCGUGUUUUCAGUUCUGCACUUCAAGUUCUUGCUACUCAGGCAAUGUUUACAGCCAUAGGAGUUGGAUACUCCAGUUCCCUUCCAUCAGCGGCUGCCCUUAAUUGGGUCUUAAAAGAUGGUCUUGGACGACUAAGCAGAUGCAUAUACACCGCUAGCCUAGCUUCUGCUUUUGAUACCAAUUUAAAGAGAGUCAGGUUCGCUACAUCUGUUCUUUUUGUUGGAAGCAUUGGACUUGAGCUACUUACUCCCACAUUUCCAAAAUUAUUCCUGCUGCUUGCAACUAUUGCCAAUAUUGCUAAACAAAUAAGCUUGGCAUGCUACUUAGCAACUCGGUCAGCUGUUCAUCAAAGUUUUGCAAAAGCAGACAACCUUGGUGAAAUUUCUGCUAAAGCACAGAUUCAAACAGUGUGCUUUGACAUCCUUGGUCUCAUGCUUGCCGCCCUUGUUAAUAUGUGGAUUGGAAACCAUCAAAGACCACAAGCAGGUCUCCAUCUCUUUGUUUAUCCGUUUUUUGCUUCUAUGGACCUUUUCGGGAUUUAUCAAGGACUAAAACACGUCCAUCUGCAAACCUUGACUAAGGAUAGGCUUGAAAUCAUUUUGAACACCUGGAUUGAGUUUGGAUACGUGCCUUCCCCGGCCGAGGUUAGCGAAAAAGAAGUAAUUAACUUUGUGGGAGUUAAAGGUAAAAGCGUGUGGCCGAUUAGAAUAGGGUGCAUAAAUCCCAAGGAUCAAAUACCCAAGUGGUCAAUGGAGACAAUACGAAGCAUAACUGACGAGGAUUAUUACUUUGUAUGCAUGGAGAUCUUCAAAGGUUUAAAAAGAACUCCGCAGCACCGUAUCCUUCUCUCCAUCCGAGAAGGAGCCGAAGCAGCGCAUAUAAUUAUGGGUUUGUUGCAGGCUUGCUACAUCAGAAGGACACUUCUUGCGAACAGAAGUAAGUCGGAGAUUAUUAUCAGAGACAACAAUGCAUCAAACUCAACACUUGAGGAUUGGUUUGUAAUUGUUGAGGAUGGCAGGAGGUCUGCAGAAAGGGAUCUAACUAAUUUGAUUGAGCAAAUGGUUGGAAUGGGUUGGGUGGUGAAGAACAUUUUAUUGUCAAAGCAAGAGCAAGCUAGAUAUAGUUUUGUGUGUGAUUAAUUAAAGAUGGUUUUUCAAAAUUUGGUUGGCUCCUUAAUAUCAUGGGAGUGUUUGGGGUUUAUUAUUUAUUUUAAAUUAAAGAUUAACCUUAAGGGUAUUGGUUAACUUUAGUGGAAAAAGUAAGGUAUCCUAAUCCUAAUUGUAUAAAAGAAAGUAAAGAAAUGUAUUUGUUAUAUGUUUUAUACUGUUAAAAUCUUUUAUUAAGUGAAUCAAUUGUUUGAUCUGUAAUAUGUAAAAAAAUAAUGAAUUGUGAAAGGUCUUUUUAAGCAUCUCAA